AUACUGUAAAAUCGCCCAGAAGGACGGCCAUUUUUUUCUUAUUUCGAUUGCCAGUGGGCAGUUACUCUCCAAUUCUGCACGAUGUCCACGGCAGCCAAGUACACAGUUGUUAUGGUGCGACACGGAGAGAGUGUCUGGAACAAGGAGAAUCGCUUCACAGGCAUGACCGAUGUUGACUUGACGCCUCUUGGUGUUGAGGAGGCGACAAACGGAGGAAGAAUGUUAAAGGAAAAGGGUUACACCUUCGAUGUUGCAUAUACCAGUCUUCUCAAGCGGGCGAUCAAAACUCUCAACUUGGUCCUUGACGAGAUGGAUCUCGAUUGGAUCCCUGUCCACAAACACUGGCGAUUAAACGAGAGAAUGUAUGGCGGACUUCAGGGACUGAACAAGUCCGAAACGGCUGCAAAACAUGGCGAGGACAAAGUAAAGAUCUGGCGACGUUCCUAUGACACACCCCCACCAACGCUGACAGUUGAUGACGAACGAUGGCCUGGCCAUGACCGAAGAUAUGCGGAUAUGGACCAGAAGCUUGUACCUGUCACUGAAUGUCUGAAGGAUACCGUCGAGAGGGUUCUUCCUUACUGGUUUGAUCAGAUCGUUCCUGCAAUCAAGAGGGGCGAACGAGUCCUGAUCUCCGCGCAUGGUAACAGUCUCCGCGGUUUAGUGAAGUACCUCGACAAAAUCUCAGACGCUGAUAUUCCUGGCAUGAAUAUUCCAACCGGUAUUCCCCUCGUUUAUGAACUCGAUGAAAAUCUUCAACCCGUGAAACACUAUUACCUGGCAAGUGAGGCUGAUGUCAAAGCAGCAAUGGAACGCGUUGCAAACCAGGGCAAGGCCAAGUAAACAACAGCGAGGAAAUCGACAGCAUUGACAGCUUGAUUAGCAAUUAGAUUAUUUUAUUGUUGCUAUGGCAUAGGAGAUACCCCUUAUGAUUAUUAAAUCCCCGAGACUUUGUUCAUAUUUUGGGUUGUUACUGAUUGUUGUGCAAAAGCAUUGUGAUGUGGUGGUUUUCUGUUUUCUUUAAGACUGUCACAGCAUCAUGCAUCUUAUUCAGGGUAUGGUUCUUAUGAUGAAGUCAUGAUAUGAACUUUUACUUACUUACUUAGUCCUCUUCAUGCCAAGAGGGCACAUAAGGUUUCGAUCUUCAGUCUCCACCCUGUCCGGUCGGCAGCCUGUCUGCGGAUGUUUCCCCAGGUCCGACCAAGCGGCCUUAUCUUCGUUAUGGUGAAGUCAUAUAAACGGAUUGUGCCAAAAUUUCAUCAUGUGCUUCUGAAUAUUAUGUGCUGGUAAUUUUCUGCCCAAACUUGCAUGUAGACUUAGAAGGCCUGUCUUUAAUUUGUUAUCCAAAAUAAUCAACAUCCAUAAUAACAUCACUAGAUAGUUUGUUUCAUCGUGUAGUCUAAGGGUAUGACUUGGGGUUCUCUGGACACAGGCAGGGUAUCUUGCCACCGUUAUUAUCUAGUAAGGCCUCAUCAUAUCAGCCAUGUAGAAAUGGUCUCAAAAUAAAUACUAGUAGUGCACGGCCAUUUUAAACGUUAUUGAGGAAAUGGUCAUUAAAUGACUAAAACGAAAACUGUUGUGAUAAUUGUACAUGUUAGUUUUAAAUGUUUAGCUUAAUUGAAGAACAUGUACAUUGAUGGUAUUGCUUAUUUAGAUUAAAAAGUCGUAGUGCUUAAUUUGGUUGUGUUCUCAGUAUUUUAUCAAAGUGUUUCAUCAAUUCAUGUGCAGAGUGUUCUGCAUGAAAGGUAUGUUAAGUUAUUGCUUAAGGCUGCUUAUAAUUCCUCAGACUAUGGUAUUGACAGUUGAUAAAAGAGACGAGUUAUAUCGUGCCUGGUGGAUGUACUGUUUAGAAUAAAAUUCAAUCCAAUGUAAA